CCUCGUAGAUCUAAAAUUUUGGACUCAAAUUAUACCAUAAGUGCGAGUUCCACCGAUGUCGAGCAACACAUAAACACCUCGUGCAAGUUGAAACCAUCGCUCGGAGAAGUGCGUGGCAAUUCCUACCUAAUUCCUUUGAGUAACAUUACUUCGACGUUUUCUGAAGAAAAGUGUUUGUUGGAAAAUAACAAUCUCCAGGAAAUGACUGAUAUUCCUGAAAACGACUCGACUCCUCCACGUGGUACGACUUUCGACAUGUUGAAUCAGCCGAGCUCCAUCGCAGGUAGUUCUUACUACCCGUCACCCUUGAGUAAUCUGAGCACCGCAUCACCGAAACAAGAAAUGGCUACAAAAAUUGAUAUAUUACCUUCGACAGCGAAGAAUUUUUCAUACAACAAAGAGGCUCCGCUUCGUCUCGUGAGUGAUAUUCCACCCCUGUCGAAUAUGGGGGAUUUCCCUCUGAAUCAAUGUUCGUCCCAGGGAAUAGAAGCUGUGGAGGACCUUUCGACUUCGCGAAAUCAAGCGUUACUUACCCAAGAUUUCCCAAACCCUACCGGCAAGAAUUCGAAUUGCUGUAAAAAUGUUGUUAACGAGGCGGGAAAAAUUGAGAAGUCUCCCUCUUCAACAAGCAGUAAUGUUGAAAUGAUUGAUUCACCCAGACAGUGUUUUUUCCCUCUGCAAAAUACUGAGGAGAUGAAAGAACUAACUUCGACCAACAGGACAUUCCUUGAACAACCACAACCGUUCAAUUCACAGAAUUGUACGAAAUUUGAAGGUAAAAGCGAAAAGGAAUCCAUUCCUUUGGCGGCUAAUGCUGAAUCGAUGUUGGAACGGCAGCAGAAGUCCCCAAGCGAAUUAUGUAGCACAAUGCUGUCCCAUAGGGCUCAACCCAAAUUCUCACAAGUCUCAACAGGAUUGUACGAAACAGGAAAAUCUUCAAGCUUUGUAAACGUAGACACGCGAGAAAAUUUCAAGACCCCUGAAAAUAUAACUACUACGAAGAGUUUGCUACCACCAAACGAUCGGUUAUCUUCGAUACAAUUAAACGUGCUUACAUAUGGUGAGUCGGUGAACAAUACUAAAGUUUCAGCGUCGAGUAAUGGAUGCCAUACUGAGAAAUCAGAUCUAACUCCCUCGGUGCAAAAACUUUUUGAUAAGUUUUGCUCUAGCAACAACGAGAAAGGGACUGAAAUCGAACGUCUUUCCGGCAACGAUCACAAUUUUGGAAAUGCAAACGGAGUCAGGUCCUCUCGUGGACGUCGUCUUGCACCUUCAUUUUCGUUCUUGUCGCAAACAAAAUGUCUGAAAGUGAAGGGCAACGACAACAGUGAAACAGCUUUUACCCAAGAUGGAAUUAAACAUACUGUGCAAUCUUCGGUUCGUGAUUCUUCUGCUGCAGAUGGAACAGAGAAACCCUGGAGCGAGGAGACAGCUAACGUUAUGGUAGAAGACAAUGCCAUUGUUCACAUCUCUGAAAACGAGAAAUGGAAUCCAUCGUUUUGCUCGUCAGAAUUCGAUUUUGGAUUUGACAGUGAAGCUGCAUCGACAUCUUCAGUGGAGAAACCGGCAUCUGAAUCAAGAAGCUUGUUGGAUUCCAGGUGCCCUAGUGACGAUAUUGAAACCAUAAAAUUGAAGGACCAACUAAAUGAACACGUCCUAAAGCUUGAAAAUUUACAAGGAACGUUGGAUAAGUACCCACAACGCAGACCCAAAAGAUCACUUUGUUUGUUUGAUCAUCAUCCACGAGGCUUGGAAUUGGAACGAAAAAUUCAUGAUGCCGAGAUAUUAUUGGAAAAGAGAAAGGAAAUGCAGGCAGCCAGAUCAAGCGAACGAGAACUUGCCUACGAGAAAGAGGUGUUUCAUUCCGUGGAUGAUAACCCACUCUUGAAUCAGAUCGCUCGAGAGUUGAAGAAGGAUUCUAUUAGAAGCGAGAUCUUUGUGACGGACCAUAAAUGUAAGAUAUUGGAAAUGAAGAUUGAGCUAUUUCAAUGCGAAGACCCUGCACAGGUAUAGCAAUCAACAGCACUGAUAUAGAAUAAUGAAAUCAGAAAAUGUUACUUUUAACAAUCGAGUUAAGGCGAAGAUGCAUUUAACGAAGACAAAA